AUGGCCGCUUCGCGCGCGCGCGCGUCGUCGUCCGCGACCGCGGCGGGGUCUGAAAAUCGCGCGCGCGCGGGGCGGACGACGACUCGACCGCGUGGACGUUCGCACGUCAGCGCGGCGCGGCGCGGUGCCGUGACGCGCGCGCGCGGCGACGGGCGCCCCGGAAGGGGUGACGGCGUCGACGUCGAUGGUGUGCGUGACGCGGAGGCGUCGAACGCGGUGGUGGAGCUCGCGCGAGGGGUGAUGAAUGGGAUCGGGCGGGCGCUGCGCGCGCGCGACGAGACGAUCCCGGGCGCGGUCACGGCGAGAGUGGUGGAUCCGAGGCCGACGGUGGCGCCGAGUCCGGUCCCGAGGUGGGCGGCGCCGUUCGUGGAUCAGUACUUUGUCGAUCAUAAGGCGCAGGCGCGGGCGCUGCGGGCGGGGCGGGAGUGGGACGCGCGGGCGGAGGAGGCGCAGUUUCAAGCCGUCGAGCGCGCGUUUCGAAGCGGGAAGAAUGAAAAGUUGAAUGAGAUUGCGAUGGAUUAUCCGGAUAUUCGGAAAAAGUUGGCGCGGUAUCGUCGAGCGAGGAAGGUGAACAGGAAGGAGAUGGAGGACACGUAUCCGGAUGCGAGCGAACGCGUGUACGUGCGGUUCGGGCUGCAGCGGUGGACGGAAAAGCUCGGAAUCUGGCCGCGCGUCGACGGGGAGGCGACGUACGCGCAGUUUCUGGAAUUUUUAGAAAAGAGACAAGUUUCCAGGGUGUUGCUGUACGAGAACGGGCACACGGCGAUCGUGGAGAUCGGCGGUCCGGGCGCGCACCUAGAUCCGGGCUCGAUCGACGUCAUUCGGUGGAAGGUGGAGAUCCCGGGAGACGCGCACGAAGAGGUGACGCUCGCGUGUAAGAAGGCGUUUUACGCCAAGCCGGCAAAUCCAAACGACAUGUUCACCACGCCGGAGUCGUCGUGUCAGGUAUUCAUGAAUAUUUCUCCGUGGAACUACGCGAUUCACGGCGCGCGCAACUGGAUCAUGGCGGGGACGUUCUUCUGGUUCAUAGGCUGGGUGAUUUCAUCCGCGUACGCCGCCGAUAGGAGCGCGGAUGUGUUGCGAAAGCGUGCGAAGACGCAGAGACAGGCGAAUGAGCGCGACGCUCUGGCUUCGGAAAUGGGCAAGAGCAAGGCAAAGCUCGUGAAAAAGAAUCAGUCCAACGUGCGCUUCUCCGACGUCGCCGGUCAAGACAUGGUGGUGAGCGAGUUCCAGACCAUCAUUGAUAUCAUGAAGGGGAACCCGAAGUAUAAGGGAAGAUUCGUCGAGGCGCCCAAGGGUAUCUUACUCGAGGGUCCGCCUGGCACGGGAAAGACGCUCCUGGCGAAAGCCGUCGCCGGCGAAGCCGGACUGCCAUUCUUUUACGCCAAUGGCUCCGAAUUCGUCGAGAUGUUCGUCGGUGUUGCGGCGAGUCGCAUGCGUAACUUGUUCAAGCGCGCUCGCACGAACGCACCGGCCAUCAUUUUUAUCGAUGAGCUCGACACCAUCGGUCGCAGUCGCGCCUCAAACGCGUUCCGCGACGAUUCAACGUCGGAGCGCGAACAGGGUUUGAUGCAAAUGUUGGUCGAGAUGGACGGAUUCGAUAACAAGGAAUCGGGUGAGGCGGUGCUAGUGAUUGGAGCGACGAACUUGGCGUCACAACUCGAUCCAGCGCUGUUGAGAUCGGGGAGAUUCGAUCGCGUGUUUCACAUUGGAGUGCCUCCGACGGCGGAGGCGCGCAUGCCGAUUUUGCAAGUGCACGCUCGCAAGCUCAACAUCAACCGAGCCGGUGACGAAAAGUACGAGACCGAUGCUUUCCUCCAUCGCGUCGCCGAUCUCACCACGGGUUUCUCGGGCGCAGAAUUGGCCAACUUGCUCAACGAGGCUGCCAUUUUGAGCGUGAGAAACGACAAGGAUGUGAUUGACAUCGCGGACAUCGAAGCCAUCCUGGAAAAGCAAGCAGUUGGUCUCAUCUCUGCUCCGCUCGAAGGAGGUUGGGGAAAAGAGCACUUGGCCAUCAUCGAGGCUGCGAAGGCGGUGAUUUUCUCGGCUCGUCCUGAUAUCUGCCCAGAGGUGCUCCAGGUCUCCAUCCGCCCCCGCGGAUCGCAAAUUUCAGGCAUCAUUGUGAACGACCGCUCUCCCGAGGCGGAGGCGGAGAUUCACGCCAACGACGGUCCAGAUACUCUCAAUUAUUACAUAGAGUCGUUGGCCGUAAUGCUCAUCGCUCGUUGCGCCGAACUUCACUUUUUUGGCGCCGAUGGUGUCACCAUCAGAACCAACGAAGAUGUCGCCGCGGCGGCGGAGAUGGCGUUCGAAAUAGUGAGCUUGAGCGGUCUCUACCCUGACAAGAAGGUGCUCCCCAUCAUGGACCCAGUCAUGCUCCAUGAGUUUAGGAUCCCUCGUGAGGGCAUGGAGGAUGGUACGCGAGAUGUCAUGAUGCGAGCCCACACGAGAGGGAUUGAACUCGUCAAGGAAUACGCUCCUCUCAUCCAGUCCAUCGCGAGCGAGCUUCUUUCGAAGGAUCGCAUGUACGGCUCUCAGGUCCGUUCCGCGGUGAGCAAAUUCGAAGAAACCCUGGGCGACGCGAAGUCCAGGACGCCGUCGUACGUCGACGAGAUCGCGAUGAGUCCGUCUGUCGAUACGGCGUAG